UCCAGCUUUAAAAAAUUCUGAAACGCGGAAGUGGCUCACAAACAAAGCCUAGAGGUGACGGAGUUAGAUUUUAACUGUAAAGUUCAUCUUUCCUGUGAACCGAGACAACACAGCCCUCCAUCAUGGCGAACGAAGUUUACACAGCGACGACGGUUUCUAACCCGAAGGCGCCGUUCUGGCUCGGCCCGGCGUCGGAGCAUCUGGACAUGCCGCGUUUCGGCCUGAAGAUCCUGGAAGUGCUGCUGUCCCUGGUGGCCUUCGUCCUGGAGGAGACGGUGUCCACCUGCCUGAGCUGCUCUCCUCUUUACUUCUUUGAGUUUGUGAGCUGCACAGCCUUCCUCUUCACGGCGCUGCUCCUCUUCCUCCUGUCCACCACGCUGCACAGCAGGGUGGGCAUCAGCUGCUGGCCCAAAGUGGACUUCCUGUACACGCUCCUCAUCGCCGUCUUAUUCUUCAUCGCCUCCAUCGUGUUUGCAGCCAACAACGGCAAGACGACAGUGGAGUCCGUCGCCGUGGCGUUCGGCUUCCUGGCCAUGGUGGCGUUCAUCCUUGACUUCCUCGUCUUCCUGAAGGUCAAAGGUCAUCCUUUCCAGGGCGCUAAGGCCCCGCCCACCACCAACGGCGCCGUUCCUCCGCCUGAGGCCGAGAAGCUGAACGGAGACGCCAACGGAAAGGCGUAGGACGCCGCGCGCCUGCAGGUGGCGCUCCGCCUGCCAAUCAGAACCGCCUGAGACACAAACUGGUUUUAUUCCUGAAGAUUCRGAACCAGCAGACACUAAAACAACCAAACCACUAAACUGCUCCACUGGGAAUCACACGGCUUACUGGUUCUGACUGGUUCUGACUGGUUCUAACUGGUUCUGACUGGUUCUGACUGGUUCUGA